CUUGCCUCGUUUCGGAAAUUAUUACGAUUGCAAUCCCUAUUUUGCCAAUUCCCGUUCCUCUUUGAUCAAAUCGGAGAAUUUCACGGCAUGGCUACGGCUAUUGGAGGCGGAAGCGAUGUGGAGGUCGGAUUUGCGAAGCUGCAAGGCGAGGAUUUCGAGUACUUUAUGCAGUCAUACUCCAUUAUGCUCGGCCGGAAUUCUAAGAAAUCCACCGUCGACGUUGAUCUCUCAUCCCUCGGCGGCGGGAUGAACAUUUCGCGCAACCACGCUCGGAUCUUCUAUGACUUCACUAGACGACGCUUCUCUCUCGAGGUCCUUGGUAAAAAUGGUUGCUUCGUUGAAGGUGUCCUCCAUCUCCCUGGGAACCCUAACGUCAAGCUCGACUCACAGGACCUUUUGCAGAUUGGUGACAAAGAGUUCUACUUUCUCCUUCCGGUUCGGAGCAUUUUAGGCGGCCCGUUGGGACCUAGGCACCACGUCUCAGGGCAGACUAGUGUUGUUCCGUACCAUAAUUAUCAUUCGGGUUCGGGUAGAAAAGGCGUCCGGAGUAGAGAGUUGUACGAGUCUGACGAUGAUGAAGGUGAAGAUGACGAAGAUGAUGAGGAGGAUAUCAGAGGCAGUGGAAAGAAAACAAGGAGAGAUGGACAUGAAGUAUAUGCUUCCGGAGAGAAGAAGAGAGAGGGAAGAGCAAAGGUAGACCGUGAAGCUGAUGAUCAGCAAGUUCUGCAGCUGGAGGAAAAAGAUGUUGUAUCAUCUGUUGCCACUGUGCUUUCUGACUUGUGUGGUCCGGGAGAGUGGAUGCCUAUGGAAAAACUUCAUUCUAUGAUAUUAAAGGAGUAUGGAAACGUAUGGCAUCACAGUCGAGUAAGAAGAUACCUGACACAAGAAGACUGGGCUAUCCCUGAAGCAAAGGGUAAACCAUGGUAUGGUUUGCUGAUGCUACUGAGAAAAUAUCCGGAGCAUUUCGUUAUCAACACUAGAUCUAAGGGAAGAGUCACCCUUGAAUUUGUUUCUCUCGUUUCUCUACUCUCAUGAGUUAUGAUAACUUCACCUUAGUGACUUGGAUUAAGCUUUCCCUUCUUUCUUUGGUACGUUAAGUAUGUAAAAUGUUUAGACAUUGAUGAGUAACACGCUCUGACGUUUUUCUGAACUAAAAACGUCAACAUCUUUGAUGAAAACGUCUGAAA